AUGGCGGUAGACGCGAAGAAACAGCGGAGGAGGAGUACCACGCGUGGGCGGAGCCCUGACGACCCUCGCGGGGACCCAACUGCGGGUUAUCUCAUCGGUCAAGUCUCCGAUAGCUUAUCCCACAGCCAGCGCCUGUCGGGCGGCCAUGCGUGUCGCCUGGCCGCACUCUUCAGUCCUUCGGAGUCCCUAGUCCAGCCUGUGUACGUCCCUGUCCUGCAGGAAACAACCAAGAAAAGGAAACAGGAUGAGGAGGAGGAAGAAAUUGCAUCGCAGUUACAAAAGCCACGUUUGCAAGAACCUGCCAAAAAGAGAGUGAAGAAGAAAGUUCGUGAUUCAGAGCAGAGGUUGGCAGACAGAGAAAGUGCUCUAGCAAAUGCUGAUUUGGAAGAAGAAGUUCACAGGAAACUUGGACAGAAAAAAAAAGGCUCUGCAUGUGGUGAUGGGGUUAAGGCAGCAGACAAAGCAGUGCUAAAUGGUGCAGAUGACACAGGUGGGAGUCAAAAGAAGAAAAUUCAACUCAGCCAAGAGGAGAGGCUGAAGAAUGAGAGGACCGUGUUUGUGGGUAAUUUGCCUGUAACAUUUAAUAAAAAGAAGCUGAAAUCUUUUUUCAAAGAGUAUGGACAGAUAGAGUCCGUGCGGUUCCGUUCUCUGAUUCCAGCAGAAGGAACAUUAUCUAAAAAGUUGGCAGCAAUAAAGCGUAAAAUUCAUCCUGAUCAGAAAAAUAUUAAUGCUUAUGUUGUGUUUAAGGAUGAGAGUGCUGCCCGGAAGGCGUUGAAAGGAAAUGGGACCCAGAUCGCAGAUGGCUUCCGUAUCAGAGUUGAUCUCGCGUCUGAGACCUCCUCUAGGGACAAGCGAUCAGUGUUUGUGGGAAAUCUCCCUUACAAGAUCGAUGAGUCCACUGUGGAGGAGCACUUCCUGGACUGCGGCGGUAUCGUGGCUGUGAGAAUCAUACGGGACCAGGUGACUGGUAUGGGCAAAGGCUUCGGCUAUGUUCUCUUUGAGAAUACAGAUGCCGUUCACCUUGCUCUAAAAUUAAAUAAUUCUGAGCUGAUGGGAAGAAAACUCAGAGUUAUGCAUUCUGUUAGUAAAGAAAAACUGAAAAAACAAAACUCAAAGCCCACCUUGAAGAACACCAGCAAACCAAAGCAGGGACUUACUUUUGCCACAAAACAUGUGGAAGGACAUUCUAAAAGUGUAUUUAUUGGAGAAAAGGCAGUUCUCACUAAAAAGAAGAAGAAAGGACAGAAGAAAAGUAGACGACCUCUGAAGCACAAAAAACAGAAGCCAUGA